AUGACCGACCUCCUAGAUAUCCUCCCCCAAUUUCCCACACAAAAAUAUGUGCGACUCCUCCCUUCACUGGAGAAGAAUCUCGUUACCGUCGCUGAUCUGCUCACUCUCGAUUGUGUUGAGAUAGCCAAACGUGCGACUUUACCUCUCUUGGAUGUUAAAAGAUUGUGUGCAGAUGUGCUGGAACACUUGAGAGGAGACCUUGGGAUAGGUGAGGUGAACCCUGGAAAUGAGGACGCUGCGGCAGACGAAAAGAAUAUAGACGGAAAGGGAGAGGCGAAGAAGUUAAGGAAGUCGGGAAAAGAAGUUGUGAAUGAGUGGGAGGUUAUAAGUACGUUGGAUGAUGAUAUGGAUCGCGCAUUAGGAGGUGGUAUUCCAGCAGGCUAUAUUACGGAGGUUACAGGCGAGAGCGGCGCAGGCAAAACGCAAUUCCUCCUAACCCUUCUUCUCUCCGCUCAACUUCCCGCACCCCAUGGUCUCGCAGCUCCCACUCUUUACGUAUCUACCGAAUCAUCCCUCCCCAUAACUCGACUAUCGCAACUCUUGCGCACUCACCCUCUUCUUGCUUCUCACUCAUCUCCGCCUUCUCUCGACAGAGUUAUCUCAAUUUCAACACCUGAUCUCGAAUCCCAGGAUCAUAUUCUUCGUUUCCAAGUCCCUGUUGCUAUUAAACGUCAUGGCAUUCGAUUGCUUAUAUUGGACAGUGUAGCCGCAAACUACAGAGCUGAAUUUGAGAGACCUGGUGUGACAAAGGGAGGUGGAAAUAUGGCUCAGAGAAGUGCAGAAUUAGUCAAGUUGGGGCAACUAUUAAGGAACUUGGCAAGGGAACACGGAGUCGCUAUUGUAGUCGCCAAUCAAGUAGCCGAUCGGUUCACAGGCGGAAGUGGAAGAGCAAGUCCAAUGGCUUAUGGUCAGAAGAGAGAAAGGGAAAGAGACAUGCAAAGCAGUCCACUUGCGAAAAGGAGCUUAGGCGUAAACGGAGCUAUGCCAGUACCAUCAAGUUCAAUGAAUGCUCCCAUGUCAAGUGUCCCCGGUAGUAGCAUUGGCAAUCGAGUGGGAUCUCGAGAUUAUUCCAUCAUAACACCAGAUCCUAUGUCAUUGGACCAUCAACAACGCUGGUUCACAGGCUGGGGCGAUGAUCCACACCCUUCUUACACUUCGUCCAAAAACGUCAAGACACCCUCUCUUGGUCUAAUCUGGACCACGCAAAUAGCAUGUCGAAUAGCACUUAUUAAAAAGCCCGUCUAUGGACGAGCAAGAAAUGAAAUCAUGGAGGAAGGAGAGAGAGGAGAACCAGUAUUAAAAAGAUGGAGACGAUGGAUGAAAAUUGUUUUUGCGGGAUGGGCAAUGGAAAGUGGAGAGGGAUUGAAUGGAAGUGUGGAGUUUGAGAUUAGGGGCGAGGGAAUGUCUGCUGUUAAGCAUGGAAAGGGAGUUGAUGAUGAUGGGGAGGAUGUUUUGUAG